UAGUGAGAAUGGGUCCUUUUUGAAAAUCGAGUGGGGGAGGACUGCAAUAGAAAUCCAUAUACGGGUUGAAAUUAGACCAGAGGGGCAUUGACAUUCUCUGCGAGAAAACAAAAGUUACAGCAUAACAAUAUAUGCACAUGUUUGCCCCACAAUAACCUUUGAAUGUGCACAGAGAAAAAUUCAAAAUGCCGGUGGCUGCGUCUGCAAUUUAUUUUCUGAAUCUUCGUGGAGAUGUGCUCAUCAAUCGUCUCUACCGCGAUGAUGUCGGUGGAAAUAUGGUGGACGCUUUCAGAACACACAUAAUGCAGACAAAGGACCUUGGAACCUGCCCGGUUCGCCAAAUAGGGGGAUGCUCCUUCCUUUACAUGAGAAUCAGCAAUGUGUAUAUUGUUAUUGUAGUCAGCAGCAAUGCAAAUGCAGCUUGUGCGCUGAAAUUUGUAGUUGAGGCAGUAGGACUUUUCAAAUCAUAUUUUGGUGGUGCAUUUGAUGAAGAUGCUAUACGGAAUAAUUUUGUUCUCAUUUAUGAGCUACUUGAUGAGAUCAUGGAUUUUGGCUAUCCCCAGAAUCUCUCUCCUGAGAUUUUGAAGCUGUAUAUUACACAGGAAGGUGUCCGAUCUCCCUUUUCCUCCAAGCCACCGGAUAAGCCAGUCCCCAAUGCAACAUUACAAGUGACAGGUGCUGUUGGUUGGCGGCGAGAGGGCCUGGUUUAUAAGAAGAAUGAGGUUUUCCUUGACAUUGUAGAAAGUGUCAACCUUCUGAUGUCUUCAAAAGGAAGUGUUCUCCGGUGUGAUGUGACUGGAAAAAUCCUUAUGAAGUGCUUUCUAUCAGGCAUGCCUGACCUGAAGUUGGGCUUGAACGAUAAAAUAGGCCUUGAAAAGGAAUCACAAAUUAAAGCUCGUCCAACAAGAAGUGGUAAAACAAUUGAACUUGAUGAUGUUACUUUCCAUCAAUGUGUGAAUCUGACACGAUUCAACUCUGAGAAGACAGUUAGUUUUGUCCCACCUGAUGGAGAGUUUGAACUGAUGAAGUAUCGUAUUACGGAAGGAGUUAGUCUUCCUUUUCGGGUUUUGCCAACCAUCAAGGAACUCGGACGAACACGGCUAGAAGUAAAUGUGAAGGUAAAGAGUGCUUUUGGUGUGAAGAUGUUUGCAAUGGGAGUGGUGGUAAAGGUACCUGUCCCAAAGCAAACAGCUAAAGCGAACUUUCAAGUGACAACAGGUCGAGCAAAAUAUAAUGCAUCAAUUGAUUGCCUGGUUUGGAAGAUCAGAAAAUUUCCAGGUCAGACAGAGGCAACAAUGAGUGCGGAAGUGGAGCUUAUUUCCACUAUGGUGGAAAAGAAAGCUUGGACAAGACCGCCAAUUCAAAUGGAGUUCCAGGUUCCCAUGUUCACGGCAUCUGGUUUACGUGUGCGGUUUUUGAAGGUUUGGGAGAAAAAUGGUUACAACACGGUUGAGUGGGUUCGCUAUAUCACAAGAGCUGGUUCAUAUGAGAUUCGAUGCUGAGAUACCUUUAUGAGUUCCAUUGCUGAGAUGCUUUCAUUGUCAUUCCAACCUAUUGAUGUGUAUACCGUGUUAAACUAGUAGCAUAACCUCGUAGCGAAUGGCUUGCAUUGAAUUCUUAAAGCAUUUGUGUUGUGCAGUUGUAUGAUAUUCAUGUACUUCAAUUACUGAACUACGGGAUAAAUUACUUGUUUGUUUCAUAAGUAAUAAAUCUCAUUUGAGUAUUUUGUGAAGAACUACAAGGCAGCUAAAUUGAAGAGGCAGUUCUUUGAAGCAUAUGCAAAGAGCCAGAAAAAGUAAUAUGGAGCUCAAGAUGCUGAAUUAACUUUA